AUCAAAGUGGUAGGAAAUGCCUGUUUGGAGUCCAGAGGAAUAAUGCCUAAGCUGAGAGCUGAGAUUUGAUAUUUCCUUGGAAGAAGAUUCUUAGGAAAUGGUCAGGAAAAGCCUGUCAAUUCAGAGUUGGAGUCAAAGAAAAGCCACAUGACUUUCCCUGGGAAGCAACCCCAUUGGAGCAAGUCUUAUACUUUCAGAAGAGCUACAAUUUGUUAUUAGUUCAAUAUUUUCUUGAAGGAUGAGUGUGUAUGGGAUAGCAAAAAGCAAUCUGAGAAGGGAAGAAUCUAAGUUGAUGCUCAAAUAUCAUGGCUUAGAAGCUUGGUGAUGCUAUCAUUUGUUUGAAUUUCUCAUGGGAAACUUUAGAGAUGGAGGAUAUAAAUAACUACUUUCUGUGAAGGAUGUGGAGACAUCAGCAUGGUAAUCAUGUCAGUUGUCAUCAUUAUCAUCGCCAUAUCAGUGGAACCAAGAACAGAAAGUCCAAGAAUGAAACCAAGCAUCUGUAAGCAAAAAAGCCUGUGCAUUUAUAUAAUACACUAUUCAUUCCACUAAAGAAAACAGAAAACCCACAGGCAUGAACUGCAUCAUGUUUACUUCCUUAUGCUUCUCAGGUUUUUCCUAGCUUUAGCCAUGAAGAUAAUUUGGAGUGACCUCAUCCAGAGAAUAAUUUUCAUAUCACUUAUUGGACUUGGAGUUUUAGGAAACAUCAUAUUAUUUGUGAGACAUUUGUAUACUUUCAUCAUGGGUCCUGAGAACAAAAAUAUAGAUAUUAUUCUCAUCCACUUGGCUUUUGUAAACACAAUCAUCAUUUAUUGCAUAGGGGUAAGAGACAUACCCACAAUUUUUUACAUCAGAAACUUCCUAAGUGAUGUUGGUUGUAAAACUAUAGUUUAUCUAGAAAGGGUUGCUCGUGGCCUCUCCAUUUGUACCACAAGUCUCCUCAGUGUGGUCCAGGCUGUCACCAUCACUCCCAGGACCACCCUUUGGAGAAAGUUCAAACCACAGACAACGUGGCAAGUUAUUGCCUUUCUCCGCCUCUUUUGGAUCUUUAAUUCUCUGAUAAGCUCCAACUUGCUGUACUAUAUCACAGCAGGCAGUAGCAUGAACAGAUCUGAAGUUGGGAUGUUUACUGGAUAUUGCUAUAUGCUGCCAUCCAAGCACACAGUUAAGUGGCUGUUUCUCUCUUUCAUGACUCUUCGUGAUGUCAUUUUCCAGGGUCUCAUGGGCUGGAGCAGUGGGUCCAUGGCUCUCCAUCUGUAUAAACACCACAAGCGUGUCCUCUACCUUCACAGCUCCAGGUCUGCAAACAAUUCUAGGCCAGAAAUCAGAGCUACCCAGAGGGUUCUAACUCUCAUGGCCUGUUUCCUUUUCUUUUAUUGGGCAGAUUUUGUUUUCUCCUUCUACACAGGUUCCACAGUGACACAUGACCCCACAAUACUAAAUAUUAAAACAUUUUUAGUUCUUAGUUAUGCUGGUCUCAGCCCCUUUGUUCUGGUCAUUGGGAAUGUCCAUGCUAAGCCCUGCUGUGUCCCCAGAGAAAUAAGAAACUCCUACCAUAUCCAGUUCUUUAUAAGCUAA